CGAGACCUGGAGAGAGAUGCGGCCAAAGUUACUUCACUGUAAAGGCAUCGCGUAGUUUGUGGAAAAGACAGUUUCGCAAAGGCAUUCUCCAGAGAAGAGGCUGAUUUCAUCUUGCUGAUGGAAUGCUGUCAUCUAGGAUGGCUGUUACCCUAACCUACUGCCACCACCACAGAGCUGAACCUCAUUUAUAAUUCACUAGAGAACUGUAAAUCCUCCCAGAGCAGAGCAACCAUCGUCCAGGUCACCGCCUAUCAGCCCGGCUAAUGAUACAUCUCGACCGAAAGCAGUUUAAACGAUGCACUCUGAAGCUAGAAUCAGUAGACAGCGAGGAUUCUAAUGAAGACUGUGCAUAUUGAAAUACUACAUUCAUAACAGACUAUGCUGGAUUUUGACCCUGAAGGUAGGGAAGCAAAUGACACACACAUUCACUUAAUGGCCAUAGACUGUAGCUUAGGAGGCAAGGACUGAAAAAAGCCCAAAACAAACAGGCGUCUUCAUUUCUUCUGUUCAUAAUCCAUUUUGAGGGCACUGUAGAAGUUUGACUGGUUUGUUGAAUUGCAUACUAAGAUAAGAUGGUUUCUGAUGCAGUAUAAAAGGAAACAGAAGUCUGGUUCGUUUUCUGGUGAGUCGUUUAUAAUGUUUGGUGUCUAGAACAGCAGUUGAAAUGUUUGCUAGUGACUGUUUGGUAGCAGUUAGCUUGAAUUAGCCUGAGUAGAUGAAGGAUUGUGUUGGGUGUGUGGGUACAGGGUGAUUCUGGGAUGCUAGAACAGACUGUUGAGCCUUCUCGGUGUCAUGGGGCCAGCUCAACGAAACACCAGUUAGUGAGAGGGGCCCCACCUGAUGACCCUGUAGACUUGCCUUCACUCCUACACCCACACAGAACUUAUACUGGUGUUGGCGAUAAUAUGGCUACAGUCCCACUGGAAAUGUUAAGGGUCAGUUAGGUCUGGAAAAUAGUGUUGCUUAUUGUGGGACUCUGAAGGUUUAUGACAGCAUGACCUGACACCCCCCUCUUUUGGACCAAAUAACAGGUAAACGUCACUUUACUCAUAUACUGAAUGCUCUCCCAUUCUCUGGCACAUUUAACUGAGACAGGAUGUGAACAUGGAUCCCUGCCAACAUCCAAGAUGACUAAAGAUGACAGCAGAUAUUACUCAAGUUACAGCUUUCUAUAUGAGCUAAUCGAUAUAUAGCAUUUUCCCCUGGGACAUUCAAAAAAGGUUUCAGUCUACUUCUAAUUUGUUAGAGUUCAUAUUGAUUAAGCCACGUUCUGACACAUUCAUCACAUCCCUGAAAGCAUUAGUCAUUUAACAUUAUUAAGUAAGAAGGAAAUGUGAGAGGAAAAGGGAAAGCUAGCAUAAAUAUACCUGUUAGUAUUUACUACGCUCAUAAUUUAUCAUCCCUGUCAUUCAUUACCAAUGAAUAAUUUAGCAAAUAUAUGAAAAAGUGUAGAUGAUAGUGGCCCUUUAUUUUAAUAAUUAGUAUGACUCUUGUGGCACAGUAGUACUUUGCAGUCAUAGCAGCCUAUAAGAACUCCACAUAUAUUUGUUGCUUGCUAUAUGAUGAUGUUUUAUCUUCCAUCAAACUAAAGCUUAUAAAUGGAUUUUAAAGCUGCAUUUUUCUCUAAUUUAUACAGGCACAUUUGUUUAUUAGAUUGACUCUGUAAUAAAAAUAUAUAUAAUAAAUUAAAAACUUUAGUAAUUUGGUUUAUUUAACAGUCAUUAACUGAAAUGAUUGCAAGGCCAUGAUGGCAUACAAAACUUGCUGUUAAAUGAAACCUGUAAAAAAAAAUAUAGAAGCUUUAAAUCUGGUGUACAGCUUGUAGGGCUUUUUAAAACAAAUUUAUACAUUUAUUUACUUAUCAAUCAUUAAUUGCUCUGAGUGUAACUUUUCUGCCAAUUCUGCAAACUGUUUUAAAUCAUCACUUGAUUUAGAUUUCAGUCUGUUUAGGAUUGCUUUUGACAGGACAUGGACAAGAUUUUGGGGUUUUAUUAAAUGUCUGUGGGAUCUGGUCAAAUCAAAUUCACUGUUUAUUUAUAUGGCAUAUUUAAAAACAAGGAGUUGAAAGAGAGAAGCACCAGGGGUUAACAAGCAACCAGCAGUUAAUUUCUCUCCCCUACAAGGUGAUUCCAAAGCUGAUCUCUAACAGUGAUCUGCUGCAUUACAAGAAGGCAUAAGCCUGAAUUACCAGAGCAGUCAUGAAAUGUCCAUUCCGAGUGUUUUAUCACAGGACAGGGCUCUUGUGUGGGCCGACCUGGACACACUGCUGCAUGCAGAUCACGUCCUGUGCUGACGAUCUCUGCAGCUGCAGUUCACACGCAGUGAGCGUUUGCCCUAUCCUUCACCAGAGCAAUAACCAGAAGGAAAUGCUUCAUCAUUGCACCAUCACGCUGAGCGAGCCAUUCUAGGUUAAUAUGUGUUAUUAAUGGAAGAAAAUGAAACCAUUCCCUAGGACCGUCCUUUGUUUUAGGAAAAUCUACUGAGCACCGACAGAAGACAAGAGGCACGAUCAUCUCAAAAACAAUAUAUUCCCCAGAUGUUUAGCACACUGCACGAAGAGCAACAUGUUGGUGAAAUAUUUUAAUGUGGCUAAUUUCCUACAAAUAACGUGGCGUUGUUGUGGCCGUCAAUACAAAGUGUACUUAACCAGCUCAGGAUGAAGUGAAAUCCCACUUGUUAUUUUUGAUCCACAGCCUAGUCGUGUCCUUUUUUGAGUAAGCAGCACUGUGUGAAUGAGAGUGGGAGAGAAAGGAAAUGUGACACAGUCCCGGACUGCCAUUUGCGCCCCUCGGAUCAGCUGUCAGAUGGUGGAGACCGCAGACAGGCUUUUCCGGUCAGUUUGAGCCAGUAGAAAGUUCCCCUACGUCGUGAUGAUAAACAGAAAAGACCGGUGAUUAGAGCAGAUCGCUGCUGCUGCUGUGGGUUGGAUGAGGUUGUUAUGUAGUGGAUCAUCCCCAAGACUGGACUGUUAAAGGUCCCCUCCUUUCUGCUUCGGAUCUUAAGAAACCGACCAAAGCUCCAGGACUCUGCACUGUGAUGACUAGGUGAACACUUUCAGGCUCCUGCAGUUUGCAAUCCAUACAUGAUGGCUGGCUCACUCUGUAUUGCCCAUCCUGCCAACGAAGCAGUGCUAAAAACAAGGAGCUUUAUCAGAGUUCUACCCCUGGCUUUGCUGUUGGGGGUCAGUGUACAGCUGUUGGGGAGCCCCCUGGACUGCAGCAAGACCUGUGUGUGUGCCAGCAACAUUGUCAGCUGUUCCAGGAUGAAUCUAACCAAUGUUCCCACCACUCUUCCUCAGUACAUAGCGGUUCUGGAUCUCAGCUUCAACUCCAUCAUUAAGCUGCUUGCUGGGUGGGCCCCUGAAGAACUCAACACACUGCACACUCUGAUGCUCAGCCACAAUGGCUUAAAUUUUCUCUCGUCUGAGGCAUUUGCGCAUGUGAAAAAUCUUCGUUACCUGGACCUGUCCUCUAAUGACCUCCGCAUGCUGGAUGAGUUCAUCUUUGAGCAGCUGGAGCAGCUGGAGGUGCUGCUGCUUUACAACAACCGCAUCUCUCAGAUAGAUCGCACUGCCUUCUCGAGCCUCCUCGAGCUUCAGAGGCUCUACCUCAGCGGGAACCAGAUCUCUCGCUUCCCCUUGGAACUGGUGAAGGAGCGGAGCCGGAUGAAAAUGCUUAGACUGCUGGAUGUGUCCUCCAACCGAAUCAAAGCCUUGCCCCUCCAUGAGCUUCAGGCUCUGCCUGCCUGGCUCAAGAAUGGUCUGUACUUCCACAACAACCCUCUGUCCUGCAGCUGUGAGCUGUAUGAUGUUGUGGCACACUGGCAGCUCAAGGAGCUCAGCUCUGCCAUUGACUUCAGGGACAGCCACACCUGUGUGUUACCAGGCCCGCAGAAAGAGAAAAUGUCCAUACUGGAUCUGGACAAGGUCAGUUUGAACUGCAGUGAGGUCAAAAUUAUGGAUGAAGUAGCCUAUCUGGAGCAGAAGCUGGUGCUGGAUUGCGACACCAAGCAGAAGGACUUGACGAAGACCUGGGCACUGCCAGGAAACAUCCUAGUGUCUCAAGCAAACAAGACUGCUGUGAUGCGCCGUGAUGGGAGCCUCGAGAUCGGGCCCCUGGAGUUAGAAGACUCAGGGGUGUACACCUGCUACGCCACAAGCGACUCCAUCAAUGAGACAUUGUAUGUAACUGUAGUGGUGCUUAAUUCCACCAUGAGUGGUGGAAUAGAGAACAUGAAAACAGCCUACACCACCCUGGUAGCAUGCUUGGUCAGUCUAGUGAUGGUUCUCCUCUACCUCUAUUUCACACCCUGCCGCUGCACUUUUUGUCCAGGACAUGGCCUGGACAAGAACAGCCCCAGAGACAGCCUCCACUCUUCAACCAUCAGCAUCCCUCAGGCACACGAGGAGACCGGGCAAGAAAAAGUGGAAGGAGGAGGCUUCCCCUACAGACAUGUGGCCUUACUGCAAUGCAAAGAUCAGCUCGAACAGAACGGGAGGUUGAACCCAAAAGUCAAAGAAGACAAGGACCGGAAGGGUGACGACAGGGAGAGAAGGCAGUCAGAGUCCGUCAGCUCUGUGUGCUCUGAUACCCCCAUGAUGCUGUAAAAGUCAGCAGCUUCACCCAUGUGGAUACAUCACAAAAUAAAAACAAGCCUGAAUGCUUUGAAUGUGAGCAAGAUUCAAAAGUACAGUAAGUAUCCUCCAAACAAAGUUAAAGCCUUAUCUGUCUCUCACAGUCUGUGGCACUGUUGCAGUAGCAUGUACUGUUGAUAAAAAAAAAGUAUAAAAUAAACUAUUAGUGUAAUGUCACACAAAUGAAUCAUGUUAAUGUGUAGAAAUGUGGUUCAAAUUGUUUAUGACCUACAGUAUUUCAGUGAAUGCAUUUACUGUAUUUCAUACAGGAUUGAAAUGUAAAGGAUCACAAUUUCAUUGCAAAAAGUAGCAUUUGAGAAGAUACAAAAACUAUAUUUUUGUCAGGAGACAUCAAAAACGUUUUUACUGCUGUUAUUAUUUUCACUAGUCUUUUGCUGCAAAGUACUGGCUGUCCCUGCACGAAGUCGCUAUGCAAAAAAAAUGAGACAAAGAGCAUUAAAGCAUUUCUGGAUGUUGCUGUUCCUUAGUUUAGCUUGCUUCUGAAUAACCCAAGGCUGCACUUUAAAUAAAAGUUACUGUAGUCAGCAUUUUUUUGCACUGGGAGUCGUCACUACACGAAGUUGUUCAGUAUUUAUGCCUUAUUUGACAUUCCUGGUUGGUUUGAUUGGCCUUUUCAGGGCAUUGCACUCUUGUUUUACUACUCUUAUGCAAUCUCAUUAAUUGAAAUUUGUUUAGAUUUGUGUGUGAUUUAAUGCUGAAGUAAUACUGUGUGGUUUUCACUAACUGGCCUUUUAUUAGAGUGUUUUUUUUAAUAUUGCUUUGCCAAAAUCUCUAAACCUUCUGUUUUACCAUACAUUUUGGAUUCAGGAUGAUCACAGACUUAUUAACACACUUUUGUCAUACAUUGUACUUUUACUGUAAAUCACUUUAGUUACCUAUUAAAUGAGAUUUGUUUCUCAGUAACAAGAUAAUAGGGAGAGAUGGUUCAUCCAGGCAGUUCUUCAUACUGAUCAGUGACCACGUACACACUGUACAUAUUGAUGAAACUAAUAUAAAAUGGUUUCCGUGAAUAUAAAUGCACAUGAAAUAUUGAUUUAACACACACUGUACUUUCCAUGGGACAAAGAAAUGCAUUUUUAAUAUUUAUACAAUCCAGUAGUGCAGAAUAAUUAUCCUCAGAUCUCUGAUUAUUAGAGAUAUUGAAAGAUACUCCAUUUAUUAUCGUGUAUGACAAAGAAAGGCACCAGUUCCUUACAUUAAAGAAGGUGGAACCAGAAUAUGUUGCUGAUUGUUGCAUCAAAAUAGCCACUGGUUAAUUUUCUAUCAGUGAGCUGACUAAUGGUUGCAGCUCUAGGUUAGUGAAUGGCUUAAUAAGUGAAACACUGAGGGAAUAUGUUCUGGAGGAAUGAUGUUUUCUGCCUCCAACAGAGGAGCUUCUGAUGCUGCUCUGGAGACACUUUACCAAAAGAUCAGUUGUUCACUUUAUGUUAGUUUUUCCUUUAAUUCAUCAGCCAUCUAUCUGCUUUUGCUAGCUGCUGAAGACAUUUCUCAGGAAUUGAAUCUCAGAACUUCUCCUCUGAGAGUGAAUUUAUCAGUAUAUAACAUCACCCAGGGGGUGUGCAGAUGUAUAGCCACUUCUGGUUCAGUAAAAUAAAUACUGUAAUAAGCUAAAGUUCAUUUAAAUCUAACAAACAUUCCACAAGUGAACAAAGGAGUCCUCUGUUAGUGCAACAGCAGGGUUGGUCACAGCUUCAGCUCUUUACUACUGUGGUUCCCAACCUUUUUUGCUUUUAACUCCUUAAUACAAACUAAUAGUUACAUGCAACCCCUGAUAAUAGGAUGCACAAGUUAUUAGAAGUGUAAUUGAAGAGUGAUUUUCCCUCACAAAUUGCUUAGUUUAAAUGAAUUUUAGAGGUAAAGGACUCAGUGUUUCACAAGAAGGAACCAAAGAUAAAAGGCUGACAAUAAGAAUAAUAUUAAUCAUAAUAAUA